AUUAGUACUUUUAUGAAUUUCCACUGUUUUUUGUUUGACAUACAUUUUAAAGUGAACAUUCGGAGUCUCACCAUCACUCUGUUACAAUGGAAUGGCCCUCCUACUCUGCAGUCUGUGCAUUAUAAUGAAAUCUCUGGCCCCGCCGGUGAUUGGCUACAUCGGUCACAGGGCUGGAUCACGUGGGUGAGUUCUUUGGUCCUGGGGAAAAUGGGGUUUGGUGUAAAUCCAGGGUGUAUUGCUGUCAUAUAUCACAUUACCUCGUAAAAACGACACUGAAGAUUCUGGCCCAACAAAUCACAGAGAAAAAAAUAUGAGUUCUUAUUAUGUGGAUGGUCUUUUUAACAAAUAUACGGCGAGCGGUUCUUUCUUCCCAAACGCAGACCUAGGUUCGUGCACUCUUGGACCCGAUGGAGAAGGACCCGCAUCUGCUCACAACGCCGCAGCCCCUGCCUUCCCACCGUCCCUGUCCGGACUUUACAACGUCAACAAUGCAAUCUACCAGAGCCACCCGAUGUUUAGCCCUGGUUAUGGCCAGGGGCCGGACAUUCGCAGUCUGCACUGCAGCUCCUUCGACCAGAGCCGUCUGUUCGGGGACAGCUGUGUCCAGCCGGGGCCCCUCACCUCGCCAGAGGACAAACACUACCGAAUGUACCCCUGGAUGAAAACAUCAGAUCCAAACCGAAAGCGUGGACGUCAGACCUACUCCCGGUACCAGACACUGGAGCUGGAGAAAGAAUUCCACUUCAACCGGUACCUGACCCGCCGGAGGCGCGUGGAGAUAGCACAAGUGCUCUGCCUGACCGAGCGCCAAAUCAAAAUCUGGUUCCAGAACCGGAGGAUGAAGUGGAAGAAAGAUCACAAGGACGAGUCCUCGAGCUCGACCCCCGGUGCCACCAGUGAGGACGUAAACGAGGAUGAUGACAGUGAUCCGGUAACCGACGGACAGUCCAAGGCCGAGGACGCCGAGUACGGAGAUUCCCAGUCCACCGGUGUGGCGUCAGAAACCCCUGCAAGAGGAGAUGGAGACAAGGAGGCGAUUAGAAACACUCUAUAAAUGUUCAUAUUGGUCAAUAAGGAAAUGUUCUAGAUGUAGACUAUCACAGAAUCGAUACACUCUGUUCGAUCAUGCUAUUCAGAGCUUAGAAGCCUGAUUGAGGAAACGACUUGCAGGGCUGAAAUUGAGACGCACUAAUUUAAUAUAUACAAGCUAGUGAAAACACUGGCUAUAGCUAUAAAAUGCAUAUGGCUAUAGGAAGAUGAAAGGGAACUAAAUAAAUACUACCUAUUUACUCUACGCCAUUACAAUGACAACUCAAUUUGAUCUUUGAAUGUAGAACAAGUCUACUGUAAAUGUUAUACAAUAUUUAAUGUUAAUCGUUGGGAACUAUUAGAUAUUUUACUACUGAAAUAACAUUCCUGAACAGAGAACUACCUAAGGCGACAGUUGCAUUCACGCAACUUCAGAAUUUACCUCCAGUUUCAAUUGACUUCGAGGAACCUUUUUCGCACUCUUUUUGUCUCUAUUUCAAAGCGAAAUAAAUGCAAAUGUUGAAUCCACUGGUGAAUAUGGCUUUAAUGUUUAACUGUCGCUUAUUAUCGUUAUAUUGCGCUGCUGUCUGUUAUCAUGUCUAAUGUUGUGAGAGCUUGUCUUUUGGGGUCGAGAUUUGUAGAGAUUUGAAUAGAUAUUUGCAUGAUUUCCAAACAGCAAUCAAAAAAAUGAAUUGUCCAAUUUGUAUACCCUACCUCAGAUUUUACGUCAGAGACUAAACCUAUAGCCUACUGCUGUCUCACUGAAUGUCAACACUGCAUAAGUACUUAUAAACACUGUAUUGUAACGUCGUGUUGUUAUUGUACUUUCAUCUCCUUUUUUGCUUUCAAUUAUUCAAUUAACUAGCUAUAGCCUAGGGUCAAUAUCAUUUUUAUGGACGUGAGUGUGUCUGCUUGCACGUGUAAGUCUGUAAGUUGGGGAAUUUSUGUGUUUGUUUUAUCUGAAUCUAGGCUAUAGAAGAGAACCGGUCCAAUGUUCAGAAAUAAGCAUUUGUUUUGUAAUUUGACUGGUGUAAAUAGACUUUGCAUUCGACACUCACCGCUUUUCCUCUGCGGUAUUCUUAUUGUGACAUUAUGUAAGAUGCAAUAGUAAUCGAAUAAAAACAAAACCAUUCAGUUUGAAAAAUAGCUUCGUAACGAAUUUCCUGUAAGCCAACCAUACAUUGAUGAAAUCUUUAGCCAAAAUGUUAUGAAAUACAACCUACAUGCCAAAAUCGAUGGUACUACCUACCCUACAUUAGGCAUGAGUGAACAUAUUGUAUCAUACCUUUUCACGUUCAUUUAGUUAUUAUAACAUUUUAACAUUUAAGCCAUUUGUUUUUAUAUGACAAGAAAUACUGAGCCUAAAAAUACGCUAUUACGCUAUUACAUAAUAACACGGUGGCCUCUUUCUAACGUAGUCUAUUUAGCAUGAAAAGUGAAAAAAUAGAUUAAACCAAUGCAACAUUUGCUUAAUAAAGAGACUAAAGUAUGUUAACUAUGAGGACACAGACUGUACAGGCUGUGUGUGUGUAGCCUAUUGUGAAGGGGAAAUUACUGCAUUCCCCCUCCUUUCGGUAAAAUGGCGCCUAGUUCUGACCUGCCCCCUCCUCCCCCUCUCUGUUUUUCCCCUCUCUCCCCCUGUCGCUCUCUCACUAGGUCAUAAAUCCGUUCUUGUUUAUGAAAAUUUACAACAUUGCAAUACAACUUUACGAGGCUCCUCGGCUUCCCAUUGGUCGCCGCUGGUCACAUGGCAUGGAGCCGUGAACAUGAACUUUUUAUACAUAAUUUCCUUUUCCAGAAUAGAACCGCACUCAUUUAAAAGCCUGUGUCUGCCAUCCAACCCUUUCUGUAAUGUAAAAGCUUUUUCUCUUCCAUCUCUUUUCGUCGUGGGUAACGCUGUUUUGCUUUUUAGUUUAUUUUAUACGCAGUG